GCGCCCCGCAGCAACGCGCCGCUCAGCUCCGUCCUGACGCCGCCGCCCCGGGUCCCUCCUGUCUCCGCGGAGCCCUCAGGUCUGUGGUUUCUCACCAGAAGGACACACAAUGUUCUCCAAACUAGCGCAUCUAAAGACCGUGGCUGUGCUCCGUCGAGGAGUUCACAUUUCAGUGGCUUCUGCCACAUCGGUUGCAGCUAAAAAGACAGUGCAAGGCCCUCCGUCCUCUGAGCACAUUUUUGAACGGGAAGCGAAAUAUGGUGCACACAAUUACCAUCCUUUACCCGUGGCCUUGGAGAGAGGAAAAGGUAUCUACGUGUGGGAUGUAGAAGGCAGAAAAUACUUUGACUUCCUGAGUGCCUAUGGUGCCGUCAGCCAAGGGCACUGUCACCCCAAGAUUGUGAACGCCCUGAAGACUCAGACAGACAAGCUGACCUUAACGUCUCGGGCAUUCUACAAUAAUGUUCUUGGUGAAUACGAGGAGUACAUUACUAAACUUUUCAACUACCAGAAAGUGCUUCCUAUGAAUACAGGCGUAGAGGCCGGAGAGACUGCCUGCAAGCUUGCCCGUCGGUGGGGUUACACUGUGAAGGGCAUUCAGAAAUACAAGGCAAAGAUCAUUUUCGCAGCUGGAAACUUUUGGGGUAGAACAUUGUCUGCCAUCUCAAGUUCCACAGAUCCAACCAGUUAUGAUGGGUUUGGACCCUUCAUGCCAGGUUUUGAAAUCAUCCCAUAUAAUGAUCUUCCUGCACUCGAGAGAGCGCUUCAGGAUUCAAAUGUUGCCGCCUUCAUGGUGGAACCAAUUCAGGGGGAAGCUGGUGUAGUUGUUCCGGACCCCGGCUACCUCGUGGGAGUGCGAGAACUCUGUACCAGACACCAGGCCUUGUUCAUUGCUGAUGAAGUACAGACGGGAUUGUCCAGAACUGGGAGGUGGCUGGCUGUUGAUCAUGAAAAUGUCAGACCUGACAUAGUUCUUCUCGGGAAGGCGCUCUCUGGCGGGUUAUACCCUGUGUCUGCCGUGCUGUGUGAUGAUGAGAUCAUGCUGACCAUUAAACCAGGGGAGCACGGCUCCACCUACGGUGGGAACCCGCUGGGCUGCCGGGUGGCCAUUGCAGCCCUUGAGGUUUUAGAAGAAGAAAACCUCGCAGCAAAUGCAGAAAAAAUGGGGACUCUGUUGAGAAGUGAGCUCCAGAAGCUUCCCUCGGAUGUCGUAGCCACUGUGCGAGGAAAGGGGUUGUUGAACGCCAUUGUUAUCAGAGACACCAAAGGUAGGCGGAGAUGCUGGUUAGUCCAGGCUAGUGUUGAAGGAGUGCAGUGGGGAGAGGGGCGCUCUGGUCCUCUGUCGCCAUCCACGAGGCUGUGGGCCUGUGGGUCAAGUCUUUCGGGCAGAAGACCGGCUCUCCUCUUCUCCCUGAAGGCCUUAACCCCUUCUGGGGAGAAGGCCCACCACACGGGAGCUGUGUUCUCCAAUGCCAAGGUGCCAUCUGAUAGGGUCACCCAAGGUGUGGUACACAUAGGGACGGCUCUGCCCGACAGCUGGUUCCUAGGGUCUGGGGAGCAGCAGGAAUCCAAUGGGAGCAAUGACGCUGCCGCCUCCCACAUUGCGAAAGGAGGUCCCAUGGGACUAUGUUGA